AUGAGAAAUUCUCGCUUAUGUCUGCUGUUUGGGGCUCUCUCUCUGGUUGCUGCGACACCCUUCCCGGAUCAGACUGUUUUGGGGGGCGUUGAUUCUGCCAGCCUCACCGGUAACAUUGCCGACAGCCUCAAACAUGCUAUUCAUGAUGGUGCCGCUAGUACGAGGACGAAAGUCCACAAAUGGAUGGAUUCUCUCGGGCGAUCGUUCGUUGAACAAAAUGGGAUUACCUAUGAGCUCGUCUCGAAUGCUGCUUUUGAACAUCACCAAUUGAGGAUGACGGAGCCUGAACUUUGUGACCCUUCUGUUCAGCAGUACUCUGGUUACCUUGACAUUGCUGAGGACAAACAUCUAUUCUUUUGGUUCUUUGAGGCACGUGUCAACCCGGAAAAAGCGCCUCUCCUUCUCUGGCUGAACGGCGGCCCGGGAUGCUCGUCUUCCACCGGCCUUCUCUUCGAGCUUGGCCCGUGUUCAAUCACGGCUGAGGGUACAAAUCUUACCUACAACAAGUACUCUUGGAAUACGCAUGCCAAUGUUAUUUUCCUCGACCAGCCUGUCAACGUCGGCUUCUCGUACGCGGAAGAUGGCACCUCGGUGAACACCAGCCCUGUCGCAGGAAAGGACGUCUACGCUUUCUUGGAACUUUUCCUAGGACAUUUCCCCAAAUAUUCUCAAGCCCCGUUCCAUAUCGCUGCCGAGAGCUACGGCGGAACUUACGCACCUAACAUCGCAUCCAUAAUCCAUGCCGAGAAUAAGGCACUUGCCCAGACUCAGGCGCAGAAUGCUGCAGCUGCGAGCCUGGUCCACAUCAACCUGGCUUCGAUCAUGCUCGGAAAUGGCUUGACGGACCCCUACAUACAAUCUGCGAGCGUGCCCGACUGGGCGUGCGAAGGCCCGUACGCGGUCUACGAUGAUCCGAACGGUUCGGAAUGUGAGGCUUUGAGGGCUAAGGUGCCUACAUGUCAACGCCUGACGAAGAGCUGCUACGACUUCAACUCGCGUCUGACGUGCGUUCCGGCGUUACUGUACUGCGGCAGCCAGAUCAUGGGUCCACUACUGCAGCUCGGAUACAACCCGUAUGAUGUGCGCCGCAAGUGCGACAGGCAGAAGGAUGGAGACACGUGCUAUGCACAAAUCUCGUGGAUUGAUGUCUGGAUGAACAAGCCCGAGAACAAGCGCGCGCUGGGUGUCAAUCCAGAGCUCGAGUUCCAGAGCUGCAAUGCGGGAAUCAACCAGGCGUUUGCGUUCCAGGGGGAUGGUGCCCACAACAGCGCAAAGCUUCUCCCUGAGCUCAUUGAGGACGGUGUGAAAUUGUUAGUGUACGCCGGGACCGCUGACAUGAUGUGCAACUUCAUCGGCAACGAGCGUUGGGUUGAGCAACUCGAGACCAGCUUCCACAAGGAGUUCGCUGCUAGCCAGCCUCUGCCAUGGGUAACGACGGAGACAGGCAGCGUGGCAGGAGUUGUACGCUCUGCUGGAGGAGGUGGUAACACCGCAGGCAAUGUUACAUUUGUUGCCGUUCACGAAGCCGGACACAUGGUCCCGUACGACCAACCUGAGGCUGCUCUGGACCUCGUCGUCAAGUGGCUCUAUGACAUUCCCCUUUCUCAGAAUGUUACUGAGGGCAUUUUGCACACACCACUUGGUGGAUGGUAA